AUGGCCGCCGCCCCGGACCCCGAGGACGCCGACUUCCGCCGCCUCAUGGACCUGGCGCACGGGUUCAUGGGGUCCCAGGUCCUGUUCACGGCCUGCGACCUCGGCGUCUUCGAGGCGCUGGCCGCGGGGCCCCUGGACGCGGCCUCGGUGGCCCGGGUGCUGGGACUCAGUCCCCGCGGGGCGCGGCUGCUGCUGGACGCCUGCGCGGGGCUGCGGCUGCUGCAGAGGCGGGAGGAGGCGCCGGCGGAGGAGGACUGCGCGUACGCGCUGGCCCCGCCCUCCCGCGAGCUCCUCCUGGCGGGCGGCGCCCGGUCCCCAGCGCGCGAUGCUGCUCUACCUGGGGGGCGGCGGCCUACGGGGCCUGGGCGGGGCUGGGCGGGGCCCUGUGUGGGCGGGGCCUGGCGGGCGGUGGGCGGGGCCCCGAGCCCCACGACGUCAUCCUCCCCCCCCCCGACCCGUUUCUCUCCCCCCGAUGACGUCGCCGCCCCGGGCCCGUCACUCACGGCAGGGGGGGGGCGGAGCCUGCGUCCCCCGGGCGACGGCCAGGACGAGGACGAUGACGUCACCUACGAGCCCUUCGCCGCCAUCUACAGGUCGGAGGCGGAGCGCCUGUCCUUCAUGCGCGCCCUGCAGGACACGUGGCGCGUGGCGGGGGGGCGGGUCCUGGCGGCCUUCGACCUCUCGCCCUUCCGGGUCAUCUGCGACGUGGGCGGCGGCUCGGGCGCCCUGGCCGCGGCCUGCGCCCGCCUCUACCCCGGCAGCGCCGUCUGCGUCUUCGAGACCCCGGGCGUCGUGGCCGCCGCGCGCGCGCACUUCCCGCCGGGCCCCGCCCGCCUCUGCGCGGGCGACUUCUUCCGGUCCCGCCUCCCCGCGGCCGACCUCUACAUCCUGGCGCGCGUCCUGCACGACUGGCCGGACGAGGCCUGCGCGCGGCUGCUGGGCCGGAUCCGGGCGGCCGGGGGGCCAGGCGCCGCCGUCUUGGUGGUGGAGGCCCUGCUGGCGCCGGGCGGCCGCGGCCCGCUGCCCGCGCUGCUGCUGUCGCUGAACGUGCUGGUGCAGACGGGCGGCGGCCGCGAGAGGACGCGAGCGCCAGUACCCCGCGAGCUCUGCGCCCGCGCCGGGUUCCCGCGCUUCCGCUGCCGCCGCACGGGGGGCGCCUACGACGUCAUGCUGGCCCGGAAGUGA